AUGGAGGAUCUUCAAUCCCGUGGACCGGUGCUUCUUCUGCUCCUUGUAACCCUAGUCUGCACAGCAUCGGCAAAUGUGGCAGACCUCGCCAAACGACUUGAAGCAAAGUACGAGCUGAUAAACCACAAUCCUGGCGGCACUUAUUAUGCUUCCAUCAUUCUCACCAACGUUGGUAACAUUCCUAUAGACGCUACUGGUGGCUGGAGUCUUAACUUCUGCCACGAAAACAUCGUCGAGUUCGAACGAUUUAACAGAAGCACAGAGGAAUACCUUCCAACCAGACGAGGAGGCUUCAUACUAUCACAUAUAAGCGGAUGUCUGUACAAGUUUACUCCAGAUCCCCAAGGGUUCCAGGCGAUAGGUCCCAACCAAACGAGACGUAUAACGUUUCUGUCUCCUUUCUCUAUCAGUGGAAUAUUCGAUGUCUACCCAAAUAUUUACCUAGCUGAUAACACGCAGUCAGCAGUCAUAUCAAACACAAGGGAUACUCGUUUAUUCGUCGCACCAUUUAAGAAUAUAUUUCAGUACACAAGACAUCCACCAACAGACCCGAUAUUACCUGUAUCACCUAUUAGAAGCUAUGCUGUGCUAGCAAACCAAAGCUACCCCGCUCUUCAACCUGGUGACAUCAUUCCAACACCUCUUUUGAUACGCUCCGUUCCAUCGAAUAGAAAAGUCUUUAUCGACAGCAGCUGGAUGUUCUAUUCAGGGACAAACAGUCCACAAGUAGUUGAGCUAAUGUCGUAUUUCCAGAAAACAUUGGAUAUACCAGUAUCUACAACCCCGAAACAAAGUGAUGUUAUUGCCAUUGGGAUCGUCUCUGAUGUUCCAUCCUUCGUGGAAAACAGCGAUGAAUGGUAUAAUAUAACAGUCAGUGCUACAUUUAAAUACGUCAAUAUUGUAGCGAAGACUACACACGGGUUACUCAAUGGGUUUCAAACUCUUUUAAAUCUCUUGGAGGUCAAAGUGAAGCCAGACAACACAAGGGUAUUCGAAGUUCCUGAGAUAAUGAUAACUGAUUCUCCAAGGUUUAAACACCGAGCACUACUUCUUGACGUUGCGUCAAACUUUUUUCCCUUACCAACUUUAGAGAAACUGCUACGAAUCAUGGCCUUGGUGAAACUCAACAAACUGCAUUUGUUAUUAGCCAAUGAUUAUGGUGCCAGGUUGGAGAUAACAAGCAUACCCGGGUUUCAUAUUAUUGCUUCCAAAAGAUGUCAUGAUGAAACUGAGGAGUCAUGUUUAUCCCCCCAGUUCGGAUCUGAUCCAUCAGGAAACGGAGUCGGCUCAGGAUUUUAUACUGCCACUGAAUAUAAAAUGCUGCUGUCUAUAGCGAAACAACUACACAUUGAAAUAAUUCCGACGUGGAAUUUUGAUAGUAACAUGAGAGCAUCAGAAAUAGCCAUGCGGGCCUACAGUAAAGCCACCAACGACAACACAAUGAAUUGGAGUUUACCAGUGUUAGAUAAAACAUCUGAAGUCAAACCAAACCUAUUCAGACUUGGAAAAGUAGAUCCGUGUGCAGUGGAAACAGAGAGGUUUAUCAGAACCAUAAUAUCUACUAUAAGAUCAUAUCACACUGAUGCCGGCUACCCUCUGAAGACAUUCGGAAUUGGUGGUGAUGACACAGAUAUCGACGCAUGGUUAACUAAAUGUCGCGUGCGUAACAAGAUCAACAGGCCUGGAAAUCCUUAUGUGCACCGAAAACUUGAGUUCAACCAAAUGUUAGCGAAAAUUGCCGUCGAAAAUGAUGUUACACUGAAUGCUUAUGACAACCAGUUUACAGCCUUUCCUACAACAUGUUUUAAUAGCACCGAAUGUACGGAUUGGUUCACACCAUAUGAUCUCAAAAGAUGGAUGCCGAACACCUUUAGAGCUUCCGUUACCCAUCGGGAACCUACCGUUAUGACUCUUACGAGACUACGAUUCAAGAAUCUUAAUGUUUCAGAAUUAGGACCUCACGAUGCCGAGACAAAGAUGAGAAUGUUCCAGAGAAAUGGCUACUCGUCAAUUAUCUCACUACAAGAUGUACUUGACUUUACCAUAAAGGAGGAGCCGGGUCCGUAUGUUCCCGGUGAAAUGCCUCUAGGCAGAUCACCCAUUCCACUUCAACAUGUCUACAGCAUGUGGCCAGAGGCCUUGUGUUGUAACAGAUAUGAGUGCAAUAGAGGAGCUUUCUCAUAUCGGGGUCGUCGAAUCCCUUUAUGUGUAGAAGAUGUCAAUGCGCCAGGACCGAUAGGUAUGCAAGCAUUCUUAUCAACGAGAAAAGUCCGCACCGAGUCAAAUUUAUUCUUGUUGCUCUUUCCUCGAUUAAUCGCUUUCGCGGAGAGAGCGUGGCAUCGAGCUAGCUGGGAAAACACGAUAAGAAGACCAAUAAGGAACUUAACAGCUGCAGGGAUAGCAGAAGUUCACGAUUUCCAGAAAUUUAAAGCCAUUCUCGGGACAAAAUUGCUUCCAACCAUGGACAAGUACAAAGCAAUUUAUUAUAUGGCGCCUCCAGGAGCGAUUAUGAGGAAUGUAACUACCAAUGUGAAUGACCAGAACAGAGCAGUCUCAGCGCACACUGAAUUUCCAGGAUUUGUCGCUCAAAUCAAAACGGAUAAAAUGCCAGAUUUUGAAGACAUCGUCAACAACAAAAUAUAUAGUAUACAGCAUGCAGAAUUCAGGACAAGAAAUGCACAGUCGACAAGAUUCAGUAGAAGCGAAGUCGUGUUAUCUAAUUUCACCGAUAAAUACGCGAGGGAACAUAUGGAGAUGAUGAGCGACUUGGCCGAGACCUCUGUAUUGGAGUAUCCUAUCCAAACAACUCUCAGAAAUCAGGAUGAUCCAAGUGGUUUAGUCUCCUUCGCCAUAAGACCGGAAUUGCCGUUAUACUUCGACAGGGAAUUCGGCAGGUUUUUCAAUAGAACUGGCUUUCAGGCUUUUACUCGAAUACGGCCUACACUUGUACAACAAGCUAUGCAGAAUCGCGAACAACAUAUGCGUAUGAUGGAAGCACAUCGAAGAUUUCGAGAUAGUAAAUCAGAAGACAAAUCAAAACGAACAGAAAACUCGACACAAACGAACAGACAACUCGACAUAAAGGAGCAGACAACUCGACCUAAACGAACAGACAACUCGACACAAACGAACAGACAACUCGACAUAAAGGAGCAGACAACUCGACCUAAACGAACAGACAAUUCGACCUAA